AUGGGGGAGGAACAAGAGCUUCGAAUAGCUACUGCUUUGGCUGGAGUUCUAAAUGGUGAUGAUUACUCAACAAUUUUAGACGUUGACCAUGAGGAAGAAAAUCAAUGGGGUGGAUCAGGUUCAUGCCAAUUAUGUGCUAGUGAAAGUCUGUACCCAAAGUUGAGUGGCAUGACUGCUGAAUUGGCCAUGUCAAGGGCUAAAGAAACUGAUAGAGAUUUUCAUGCUGUUUAUGAAGAAACUCAGCACAGUAUUCGAGUAAAAGUCGUGAAAAUUCUUGCCAGAACUGUUCAUCCAGCUCUUAAAGUUUUGACACAGGUUGUGGUUUCUGGUGAUGAUCAAGAAGAUGGGGAGCAUGUUUGUGGGAUUUGUCAAGAUGAGAUGAAAAGUGAGGAUGAUGUGAGAGCCUUGGGUUGCAAGCAUUCUUUUCACUGCGAGUGUAUCUUCAAGUGGCUGAAUAAAAAGAUGGUAUGCCCUUUGUGUAGGUAUUCUCCCCUGACAGAAGAAGAUCACAACUAA